GUCGCCUGUGGCGGACGCGGUGGCGGACGUUUCUCUGCUGCAGCUUACGCCCGAGGCUCUGCACCGUCGCCUGCCCUGCCCUGCCAUGUUGUCCAUCGCUCGGUCCGCGACGCAGCUCACCCCCGCCUCGCGCUCAUUCGUCUCGUUCUACUCGUCCGUUGCUGGGCUUGCACGCACGACGUGGCGCACCGGCGGCCAUCCAGCACCCCAGUCGGUUGCCGCAGAGGUCAGCGAUGCUGCAGACAUCGAUUAUGAUGGCGAGAGCAGCACCCCAAAAGCCCCUAUGAGGCGCAAACCGUCCAAAAUCCCUACUCCAGGAGCGAUCAAGGCCCACCGGGCUGCCAUGAAGAAAGAGUUCCCGGAGGGCUGGGCUCCGCCUCGCAAAUUGUCGCGAGAAGCCAUGGACGCCCUACGCGCAUUGCAUGCUACAAAUCCGGAGACAUUCACUACCCCGAUGCUCGCGUCGCAAUUUCGCAUCAGCCCCGAGGCCGUGCGCAGGGUUCUCAAGAGCAAGUGGGAGCCGUCGCCCGAGCUGCGUGCGCGCCUCGCAGAGAAGGAGCGCAAGCAUCGCGAGGAGUGGCGGAAGCAGAGAAAGCUCGAGGAGCUGCAGAAGCAGCAUGCGCUGGUGGAGGUGAUGAAGAAGAAGGCGGAGAAGAAGGACGCGUUUACGUUCAAGUGAGCGGAAUGUCGCCCUCUUUGUUGCAGGGGACGUCUUGCGCACGGCGGCCUCAGAAGCUUCCUGACGAGCACGCCCCGCUCGCUUGUUAGCUCGUGGACUUCACCCUGCGCCGGGCUGACCACCGAUCUCGUACCCGAAGUCGAGCGCGAGGCUAUCCCCCAGAGCUAUCCUGGACGCGAAAUACGGAUAGAGUCGUCUAC